AGAAAAUAAACUACUGACAGUUGACUUUUUAUAAAUACUACUGUUGUUGAGUCACGGAAUGUAAUUUUACUGUAAAAAAUAAUUUACAUUGAAUAAUUAGAGUAAACCCAGGAGCAAGAACAGCUGAUGUGGUGACGUCAUCAAGUCAGCUGCUGUUCCAAUCGCAGAAAGACCGUCCUCCCGUCGUCCCGUCCUCCCGUCCUCCGGAGUUUGGACUCCCAAGACCAGACUCCCAAGUCCAGACUCCAAAAGAACACAAGUCUGUACUCGUGGACUUUGAAUUGAGAAACGCCGAUAGCCUACCACAUUAUUGUGGGGUCAGGAUCGAGCAGGAUGUUAAACACAACUAUCACUAUUUCUCAUCAUGUACAGUCGUUACACACAGGCUGUCAGCUCCUGGCGGCUGAGAAAGCCCUCCUGAUCAAACUGCGGAAAAACACUGGCUACACUUUCAUUAACUGCAAGAAAGCACUGGAGAGGUUUGAUAAUGACGUCACACAGGCAGAAACCUGGCUCCAUGAGCAGGCCCAGAUUGAGGGCUGGAGCAAAGCAAGCAAGCUGGUGGGUCGCAAAGCCAAAGAGGGACUCAUUGGUCUGUUCAUUCAAGAUCAAGCUGCAGUUAUGGUGGAGGUAAACUGUGAAACAGACUUCGUGGCCCGUAAUGAGAAGUUCCAACAGCUGGUUAAGGAUGUGGCCUUUGUCACCUUGGCUCACCACCUGAAUAAAACCCAAAGCAAGACAGGAUAUGUUAAGAGUGUCCUGGCAAGUGAUGAGUUAAACAAACUCUGUGUGGAUGGAGGAGCUUCACUUUCUGAUCGGGUGGCUCUCACAAUUGGUCGCCUCGGUGAGAACAUGUCAGUGAGGCGGGCCGUGACGGUGAAUGUGCCGGCUGAGUGGCACAUUGGCUCAUAUGUACACGGGGGUGUGCGUAACCAGACUGAGGUGGCCAUGGGUCGGUACGCCUCCCUGGUCGUUUUUCAUGGGGGCGAGAAGGGAGAAUUAGAAGUUCUAGGACGUAAACUGGGACAGCAUAUCGUGGGAGAGGCCCCUGUGGCCCUGGGCAACAUGGAUGACCUGCCUGGUGGUGAAAGUGAGACACGCCUGCUGCCUCAGACCUUCUUGGGAGACCCCAGCAGGACUGUUGCACAGUUCCUCAGAGGUCAACAAGCUCGAGUGCUGGACUUUGUCCGAUUUCAGUGUGGGGAGACAGCCAGUGAAGAAGCUAAAUGAAGGGAUGACAAAUUAUUUUUGGAUAAAUAAUUACACUGUGUCUUUAGUUAAUAUUAAGAUGAAAUGCAACUACACAUUUAUUCUUGAACAUUCAGAAAGCAGACUAUUUGAAAGCAAAAUAUGUAGGUCUACCAACACUGGUGCCUCAUGAAAUUAUCAAUCCAACAAUAAAAUGUUUUUUCCUUGAA